AUGUCCAACGCGCCAACCAACGGCGUCAAAAUGAAUCCCCUCGAUGAUCCCAACAAAGUGAUCAAGGUGCUCGCCUCGGACGGCAAGACUGCCGAACAGCGAGAGAUCGCCUACACCAACUGCAAGGUCAUUGGAAACGGAAGCUUCGGUGUCGUCUUCCAGGCAAAACUCGUAUCGUCGCAAGGCUCAGAACCCGCCGAGGGUUCCAGCAAGGACAGCGAUGAGGUGGCCAUCAAGAAGGUGUUGCAGGACAAGCGCUUCAAAAACCGUGAAUUGCAGAUCAUGAGGAUCGUCAAGCACCCUAACGUCGUCGACCUCAAGGCAUUCUUCUACUCGAACGGCGACAAGAAGGACGAGGUCUUCCUCAACCUUGUGCUCGAAUACGUGCCAGAGACGGUCUACCGCGCAUCGCGCCAUUACGCCAAGCUCAAGCAGACCAUGCCUAUGCUGCUCAUCAAGCUCUACAUGUACCAGGUUCUGCGCAGUCUCGCCUACAUCCACUCGAUCGGCAUCUGUCAUCGAGACAUCAAGCCCCAAAAUCUGCUGCUCGACCCCUCCACCGGCAUCCUCAAGCUCUGCGAUUUCGGUUCGGCGAAGAUCUUGAUCGCAGGCGAGCCCAACGUCAGCUACAUCUGCUCGAGGUACUACCGAGCUCCCGAGCUCAUCUUUGGUGCUACCAACUACACCACCAACAUCGACAUCUGGUCCACAGGAUGUGUCAUGGCCGAGCUCAUGCAAGGGCAACCGCUCUUCCCCGGUGAGAGCGGUAUCGACCAGCUCGUAGAGAUCAUCAAGGUGCUCGGAACGCCAUCUCGAGAGCAGAUCAAGACCAUGAACCCCAACUACAUGGAGCACAAGUUCCCUCAGAUCCGACCGCACCCCUUCAGCAAGGUCUUCCGCCCGCGCACGCCUCCCGAUGCGAUCGACCUUAUCUCGCGACUGCUCGAGUACACGCCCAGCGCACGUCUCACGGCUGUUGAGGCGCUCUGCCACCCCUUCUUUGACGAGCUGCGAACGGGCGAGGCCCGCAUGCCCAACGGACGCGAGUUGCCGCCCCUUUUCAACUGGACCAAGGAGGAGCUUUCUGUCCGACCGGACCUCAUCUCGCGACUGGUGCCUCAGCACGCCGAGGCGGAGCUCCUCUCGCGGGGCAUCGACGUCCACAACUUCCAACCCAUCCCGCUCGAGUCGAUGAAGGUCACGCUCGACUAA